UCAAUUAGGAAAACAAUUGGAAAUCAAAGCCGGAGGAGCGGGUUAAGUGUUCACGUGAUAGAUUUUGGCGCGCAUAUCGGACUUACACUUCUGCACACGGACAGCCGACACCAGUUGGCUUUUUGAGAUGGAGAGACAACUAACAAGAUCCGCUCUUGCUCGGGAGCAACAAGAACAACGUGCUGAACAUUCUGACAAUGCUCAGUUAGACAGGCAACGUGGGACAGAGUUGCAAACAUUGGACUCUGUUAUCCCUGGAAGAGGACGUGCAACCACCGCAACCGAAGCUCCGAAAGGUGUCAAAAAGAGAAGAUCAAAUCCAGGGAGACGACAGGAAGCUCAUGAUGAUGAUGAGGUGCCACUUUCAGCUUUAGCAGCGAGAUGCAAUGACGAAGAUGAUGGAGGUGGUAACAGUGCCAACAUAGACACUGAAAACACAGAUGGAGUGCUGUGCCAGAAGAGAGUUAAAAAGACAGUCAAGCAAAAAAAUAGAAUGUUGGGAAGACAUGGAUUGGUCGAUGACACAUCUGUCACACAUGACCAAGAACAACCGUCAACAUCAGGAAGCUCCACCAUACAAAAGAGGAUUGCAACUCCUACACGUGAUGAUGAUGUUGAAGACAGCACCGAGUCAGAGCAUCGUUGGCAGCCCAACUUGGGAACGAACCCCAAACGGUGUUGGGUGUGCAUUCAAGCUCUCAAUAGUUCCCAGUCAACAAUCAACAACUGGGUCUGCAGAAAUGGAAACCAACAAAACAAAGGAAGAGACCCCAGACGCAUAAGGAGAAAGCUGCAGUCAACGCAACGUUAAAAAAAAAUUGAAUUUAGAAUUUUGAAACAAGCUUGAAGAUGAGAUGGACAGUGAGGGAAAGAGAGAGAGGGAGAGACAAAGUGGGGGAGAAGAAGUAGGGAUAGAGAUGAAGGGAGAGAAAGGGAAUAUGAGAUGGAGAGGGGGGAGAACCCGUUUGAAAGCACAGUUAUUUUGUAGCGUUUACGUUGGUUCAUGUGUUCAUGACUAUAAUGAAUAAAGUCAAGUCAGCUUUUA